GUCUACUUAGUGUUUCCAUUCAGCGGCCAUUCAGCUGUGUUAGAAACUGGAGGUAAAAAGUCUUUAGAAUCUUAAGGUGAACCCCACUCUCAAAAAGCAUAUAUCGACGGGCGAUCUGUUAUUUGUCGCUAUAUGUAAGUUGCUGUUUAAUCGUGAAAAUGAAAAUCUUCAAUCAGUGAUUCAAAUGAGCACACGAGUAAGUAAGUUAUGAACGGGACGAUAGCAGGAGAGCGAGACGUUCAAGAGAUUAUUUCGAAAUCAAGGGCAGAAUUUGAGAGACGGCGAUGGAUUCUUAUUACCAAUGUACCAGAUAAUGUUGACUUAGAGGUACGUAAAUCGCUUUUAACGACAGUAAAUAAUUGUAGUCACCCUUCAGCCUGGAAUCCAAUAUUCUGGAUUUGGUUUGAUCAUAAGCUUACCUUAAGUCCAUUAUUUUGCACUAUAUAUCUCAAGAAAACCCUCGUUAAUCAUGAUCAAAUCGCCAAAGUUUCAUUGAACAUUGCGAUGAUUUCGAUAGAGUUCUCUCCAGUAGCCCUAUCCACAAAAGUUCUUAGUAUAAUAGAAGCUUCUAAAUAGCUUUAAUAGUGCUGUCUGCUCUUUGAAUCGCCUUCUCCUCCACCAAUGUACCAGGCAGCUGAAAUGUACAAUGUGAUCUACCUUGGUCUGCCUUGAGAGCUGGGGUUGGCGGGGAUAGAGGAAGGGUCGAUAGGGGAGGGGUGUCAUGGACUGAGAGAUAAAAAAUUGGAGUCAAAUUUGCUCACCAUUGAGACGAUGUGUUAUAAACUCAAAAAUGCUCUGCUACUUUGGAGCAAACACCAUUAGAUAGGUGAAUAUAAGGGUAUGUGGACAUGUUUGAGGGGGGGGAGGGGGGUGGUUAGGGGUUGCAAUGCUGCCUAACUUUGGCUCCCGUGUGACUAGAAAAUCUCGUUGUUGUUGUUUUUUUUUUCAUAGAAAUCAUGUGCUGGGAACCCCGGAUUACACGAGUUACCAGCACUUUAGGGCUCCCUUUAAGUUUCUUAGAGUAUAGCCUUCUGUAGUUUGCACUAACUGUAACAGACAUUAUUUGUUACAGCAUGUUAUGACCCCCCUGCAUACUGCAUCUCCUAGGGUGCUAACCAUUAACUUUUUUGCACGUAGGAUUUGCGAGAAAAUUUCCUUCACGGUUUUGAUAUCAUUGAUCUUAGAAUUGAAAAGAAUUCAGGUAAGUUUUAUUGGUGCCAGAAGUAAUGUGUUAGUUCACUAUUCAUGUAUGGCUCUAGUUUUUACUGUAUAACUGAGGAUGUGCCCAACUUUGGAAUAUGCUAGAGGUAUAAACUUAAAAAAAAACAUGCAGAUGACCCUUCACGUGGAACUGGUGUAGUUCAAAUGGAAUUAGUUUGAUUUUUGUUGUUGCCUUGAUCAUUAUGAAUUUCCUUUUAUGAUCAUGGGCAAUUUGUUACAUGAUAAAGGAAAGUAAGAAGCAAACUUCAGAUAGAUUGACACCAUUUUAACCCAUUCACUCCUGGAGAUUUUGCUGAAAAAUGCAUUUUGAAGCUAGUCGAGUGGUUUUCUGGUCACUGUCGUGCUAUAAAGAGCUAAAACUUAUCACAAACCCGUUGACAGGUCGUGCACUUACCGGCCUUCUAAUCCAGAUGCAAAAUAUAAGCUUACGAAGUUCGGGCAUGGGCAGAAAGCAAAAUUUCGAGAUAGUUUUAGGUUUAAAAGUGACACAGCAGACUUGACUUUUACUUUUCGCUUUCUCUCCUCCCCUCUUUUUUCCUCUUGCUGGACAUUUAGUUAGGCUUUAUUUUGGUGGGAAAAGUUUUUAAGAAAGCUUUUAGGAUCUUAGGAUUAGGUGAAAGGAAAGGUAGGUGGGCAGUGGAACAAGAUUUUCAUAGAAAUUUUCAGGUCAAUGUUACAUGGCUUUUUGCCUUUUUCUCCAGUGUCCUUGACUGAAUUGUGCUCAUUCUGGUAUGCUUUGAAAGAUCUCUUCACUCUGCACAAGGUAGCGGACAAAGUUGUCCUUGACCAUUAAAAAAAGCUGAUGUCACAGGCGGUAGAACGGACGUGGAUCCACACAAGCGGUUACGGGCAGCUCAGGGGUGAAUGGGUUAACCUUUAAAAUUUUCUUUUGAACUACAACAGGACCACUUACCAAAAUUAAAACAUUUCCAAGUCACUGAGGCUGGAACCAUUUAAAAGUGACUGCCAAAUUUAGGUAUUUUUGGAAGUCACAUGAUAUAAUAAUUUUGAGUAUUUGAGAGUUUCAUGUCAUAUUCUUGCAGCAUUUGUUCUUCUUGAAACAUCUGAUCAAGCUCUCAAUGCCAUAAACAUUCUCAAUGGACAAAGUUAUCAUGGAUUCGUUGUUGGUGUGUGCCUUGCUCCCCCUAACAGCCUCCUCUUUGUUGGCAAUCUACCAUUUGAGUUCACAGAGGAGCAAUUUCGGAACUUGAUGAGCCCAUUUGGACCGAUAGAGAGGUUGUUGCUUGUACGCAGUAUGUUCACUGGAGAAAGUAAAGGUUAUGGCUUUGUAGACUACAUCAACCGAGAGUCAGCAAUGCAAGCGAAACAACAACUUAUGAGUAAAGGUUCAAAGUAUGUAGGUGGGCGGAUAUUGAGAGUUGAUUUUGCCGAUGGUAAUCUCCUGACAUAUGAAGACUUGCAUUCAAAAACAUUAUUUGUGGACAGACUCCCUCGGGACUUUACCAAUGCAGAUAUGUUGAGAGAAUUGUUCAGUCAGAGUGGAACAGUUACAUUUGCUCAGGUGUGUGUGACUCUAUGUACAGGAUUACUGUAGAGCCCAACAUUUUAAUUGACUUUGCCCGUGAAUGCGUCAUUUUUCAGAGUAGAAAUGCAUUAUCUUGUACAAUUUCUGUACAUAGAUCGUUGAUCUUCAUCUGUUGAAUUAAUAUGUUAGGUUGCAGUAAACAACCAAACGGGUGUGUCACGAGGAUUUGCAUUUGUUGAUUAUGUGACGGCAGAAGAAGCAGAGAGAGGACAGAAGUCUCACAAUGGUGCUCUGCUAGAGGAUUCAAAUAUCCGUGUGGCUUAUGGUACUCCAGGUAGAACUGGCGCAAGCAUACUAGGUGGUCAUCAUGGCGCAAGUAUGGUAUGAACAAAUAUCUGAAUCAUGCAUAGAUUUCACUAUCAUGCUUGUGUUUCUCUCGGUUCAUUCUAGAAUGUGUCACAUUGAUCGAAUACAGUGUUGCUCAUUGUAGUGUAAUUGAACUGAACUGAACUAAUUGAUUUUUAUUGUGUGCAUCUUCCAAAAAGGGGUAGAGUAUAGCAGGAUUCUUUUUUUAUUCUAAUGUAGGUUUUAUUUUAUUUCAUUUUAUUUUAUUUCAACUGUUGGUACCUUUGGCAGUUAUUGGCAGAUAACAGGAACAGUGUGAAGUCAAUUACUGUUUUCCUGAAGCAGUCCUUGCAGCUGAUUUUCCAUGCUUCAGGAAUUACGUGUACUAUAAGGCAAAUGAUUCAAAACAACAGUAAUGUUGAAAUAAUUGGAAAUGAGUGGGCCAGGGAACAUUACUGCAUGGGUAACUUCAAUUUUCUUUUAUGUCUAUUUGAUUUUAGGGAAGCCAAGGUCCUCGCCCAAGAGGUCCUUUUUCAAAUGUGCCUCAAGGCGCCGAUGUGAUGGGUCCUAGAGGACCACCCCCUCUUAUGGCACCACGCCCCCUCAUGGGAGCAGAGCUGUGGCAGCAAAUGCCGAGAGGCCCUUUUGGAAAAUCACCCAGACCACUUAUGAGACCUGGGGCUGCGGUAAGGGUUUGUGUACAGUGGGUAGUUGUUUAUUAGUUUGAUUUGCUUUUACUUGCCUCUAGCAACAGUUGUACCUACAUUGCUUUUGUAUAUAAAUUUAUGGAUGUAUAUUUAAGAUUAUGGCAGUAUCAAAUUCUAAAAAAACUAUUUUAUUUUUCUUUCGAUGACUUGUGGAUAUAGCAGAAAGCGCCUACUCCCUUUUUGUAGUUAUUGCCCACAGUUCUUGUCUCUUUUAGUAAAAAAGUAAUGUUUGAAAUUAAACUUAUUAUUUUGUUUGAGGCAAGAACUGUGGAAAGUAGAAAAUUAUGGUCAAGACUUCCCAAAUGAAGUAUGCUUUUCUCUCAGACCAGAUGAGAAUUAACGCAUAAAAGCACAUAAUUUGGUUUGAAUGUUUCAAAAGCAGGAAAAUGUACCUUUUACAGGUAAAAACUAUGGUGUAAUACAAGUUUGUGGAUAGGUCAUGUGCAGACAGUAAUUUUUUUUCUAAAUAAACAUGAACAGUGUAUUUUUAUUUGCAGGGUCCAAGGCCCAUGAUGGGUAGAGCAAGAGGACCCUCCGCAGGUGGACCAAGGCACGCUCUGCUUGGUCAUGGUCCCAGGCCCCUUCUGGGGAGGCCUGUGGGCCCCAGACCACUGAUGAGACCUGCAGGUACAGUCAAUCAUGUAAACUUUGAGACAACAACUGCAUAGUGAUUCCAUUGUAUCAAAGUACAUUAUUCUCAUACCCAUGGCUGUCAUUAAGAGAUGGGGGCCAGGGAUUUCCCCAGCUACUAUAAAUGUGACCCCUGGCUACUUUUAUUGGAAAAUAGAAGAAAAAAUAAUAGAACCAAAAGUAACCCCUAGCUUUUUAAUUUCCCACCUACUUGUUGUUUUUACACAGCAACUUGGAAUCUUGGUGACAACCCUGCAUACCAUCUAUUGCCAUCUAUCAUAAAAAUUUCUUUUGAUACAUCUACCCUUAGGACAAUUAUGGUUUAAAAUUUAGAAUUUUUUCUUAGGCAAUCAUUUCCUAUAUUUUCAAAUUAUAUGGCAAUAUUGUUAUUUUUAUGUCGCAAUCAAGACUGCAGUCUAUGAAGACAAAUUCUAAGUAAGCUUAGUGCCCUGAACGGGGAAAUUCCAGGGUACCCAGGAUAUAGUUUUUAUGAAAAAAACUGUGAUUCCCUGAGAUCUCCUGUAAGCAGAAACAAGGUGCAAUUAGGGGCCACCAUGUCCUGACAAUAUACUUUUUUGUACAGGUCCUAGAGGCUUUGUUGGUAUGGGUGUAGGAGGCCCCCCUGGAAGACCAAUGGGACCAAGGGUUGCAGUAACCCAGCCACCACGACCAUUAAUGGACUUUGGAGAUCAGACAGUGUUCUCCUCUCCUGACCAGAUGCAGGUGUGUAUCAUACCAACUACAUGUCUAUACUUGCAAAAAUGCAGGAGACACUGCAACUUAUACUUAACCCUAAAUGGUUUUCUUUUUGAGACUGCAUGAGAUUCAUGCCUCUCCUACCCUUUUCAAGAUUGCAAGGAUUCCAAGAUCCUUAUAUUAUUUUGUAAGGAUUUUGUGUUCAAGGUACAUUUAAGUUACAGGUGUUUGGAAGGGUUUUGAAACAAAAUUGUAAGUGUCUCAAUCUUUGUGCAACUGUAGACAUUGCUCACCUGAAAUUUCUUCUGUUAUUACUGUGCUUUCUUUAAUAAAUCCUCUACUGUAUAUUUUUCAAAACAACACCUUUUUUCUCUUUUAUUAGGCAGUUACAGCUGUUGCCGAACCUCCUCAGCAGUAUGCAGGUGAUUCACUACCCACCUUGAUGGGUGAAGCAGUCAAUUCCUUCCCUCUGGCAUCCGAUCCAGCAGCAUUUGGUCAGACAGUUCAAACAGCCAUUGCUCAGCCACAGGAAGCAUUUGUGCAACCGGCUCCACAACAGGGAAUGAUGGUUCCUUCUCAACCUCAACCUGGUACUAGACCAGCUGUCCCUCAAAUGGUGGGUCUGGCAAAAUUGUAGUUAAUUCUUUCAGUCCAAGAGAUAGAGAUAUAGAUGGUGGGGACAGGGAGAGUAGUAACAAGGUAAAAAGUACAAUUGCUUUCCCAACACUUUUGACCAUGAUUGUACAGCCCUUCAAUUUAGAAGUAAUUUUGUGUUGUUAUAACUACUAUUUAUUUGGCAUGUAGUUGUAACUUUCAAGGCUGUGGACAAAGUUUUGAAGGAUGAAAAAUUCUAAACAGAACUUUUCACAUGCUGCCAUAUGUUUUGUUUACAUUUCUAAAUUUUGAGUCCUAAAGUGUGACCAUUGACAAAACCUCUUCAGCUAUAAUUUUAAAUCAUUGAUAAAAUAGACAUUAUUUUUGUAAAAGGAUGUUUUUCUUCCUCUUGAAAACCAGGUUCAAGUGCAGCCAAUUCCUGGUACGCCACCUGUCGCCACUGGUACCUUGCCCACAGCAACUCAGACUCAAAUGGCGGUAGUUCCUCAAGCGCAGCCAUCAGUCUUGAUGCCUACUCAACAACACAUCCCAAAUAAUCAAGUACUAUAUGCUGCACCUGGCGCAAUACCAGUACAGGGUGUGGUCCCUCAAGUGGUGGCACAGAAUCCACUUCAGUACCAGCCUGGCAUGGUAGCAACAACUCCUGGUGUUCCUGUUGCUGGACAAGUGGAUGUUAAUACAGCUUCAUCGUAUGGUGUACCUGCAGUACAACCAGUGGUAAGUGUCACGUACAGAAGGCCUUCCCUUGAAUUCAGCACUGACAUUAUUAUCCCUAUGUCAUUGAUAGUUCCUCUUGUUUGAUAUAAAUCUUUUCCUUGUAGACACAGGGAGACCCAUCUGCUAAUGCAACAGUCAGCUCUGGGUAUGUUGUGAUCUCGGCAGACUCAACCCAACAAAGUGGAUUCUACACACCACAAGAUGCCCAGUCUUACCCUGUGGUAACAAUAAUAAUUAUGCAUUAUCAUUUUUUUGGCAUUUUAUACUGUCAAAAUAGUAGCUUAAAUAUAUGAUGAAAACAUUGUCCUACAUGUAAUAAGCAAAAAUUAAAAACAAAUUACAUUUUUGUGGUAAUGCUCAAGAAAGGACUGUAUUUGUAAUGGAAACAUUUUGUUUAUGAGGGUAUUAACGAAGCACAAUCAUUAAUAAUUUUUAUACUUGAAAUUCAGGAUGGUCUCCAGAAUAAUAUGAAAUGUCUGAUUCUCAGUUUUGUUGUAGAUGUUGAUAAUAACUUUCCUUUGUGGUGGAAUUUCGAAGUAAAUAAUGUAUAUGUCUAUGUUGUUGUUUUCAGCCCCAAUUUACUUUGGCAGGACAGACUGCUGUACAACAGCCAUUAGUCCAGAUACCUGCCAGUGUCCCUUCAGGAACUGUACUGCAGGCUCAAGCACCAUCCUCACAGCCUUCUGCUGUUCCCAUGGUAUCACCACAAACUCAACAAUACCAGUGGUACCAACAGGUCACCCCUGUUGUCAGUAAUCCAGCAGUGUCCACUCCGCAGUUGCUUCAAAACACCUCUUUUCAAGGUAGACAACAGCUCGCCGAAAGUAUGCAAGUACUUUUGCUGUACUGUUAUAGGCUGAGUUUUAACUUUGGAAAAAUGGGAGUUCUUGAGACCUCAGAAGUGCUUCUUUAUGGAUCUUGCCUCAAACCAGCAUAUUACUAACACUCCAACCCUAUUAUAUAAUUUUUUUAAAUUGGGCAUAGAUUAUAGUGAUUAAAAUGGUUUGAAGAAUGAUUAGCAAAUCUCGUGGCUUUUCUUCUUACAAGAGAAAGCUAUAAGAAGCUCUAGCUUUGUGAGCCAUCAUAAUUUCUAUGGCUUGUGAAAAGAGAAAGUUAUUUAAGCUCUUGCUUUCUCAGCCAUCGGCUAUCUUUGGCUUAUCUAGCCUGCGAGCAAGCUCUCUGGGGCGCUCUGUUGGCCGGGCGGUAAAAGGAAGGAGAGCUUUCAACUACGUCUCUAGCAUUUGAAUAUCUGCAUUGAAAAAGUCAAUGCAAAAUGCCGAUUGGCAGAGAUGACAUUAGUAAUGACGUCAGUACCCUUGGCUCGUGUUUUUCAAUGUUUGUUUACAUUCUUGCUCAUUUCCACUUUGUGCUGAUUGGCAGAAAUCUGACAGCUCAGUCGACGGAGAGCCACAGGGAAAUGGAAUUCAAAUUCCAGAGACAGUUGCAAGCUCUCCUUCCUUUUCCCGCCCCGCCGCCAGAGCGCCCCAGAGAGCUUGCUCACAGGCUAUGGCUUGUCAAUGAAUGACAACAUUAUUUUUGGUUGUCAUCAGCAGACUCAAAAGUUUGAACUACAUCUCAUCUAAGGUCCAAAGAAAUUAUUAAGCAUACUUGCUAAUACUAAAAAUAAAACAUUGUUUACGUCUUUAGGAGGGACCCAGUGGCCUCAAGGGGAACAAGUGGCCAUGCCACAACCUUUAAUGACUGUCCAACCUGGCACUGUUUAUGGACAGUACCCACAACAGACUCCACAGUAUCAGAUACAGCAACCACAGCAGACAGCAGCAGUGCCAUCAGUUGAUACAGUGGUUUAUUAUCAACAACCACAGGUAUAGAUGUGGAUGUUACUGCAUUUCUUGGGAAAUGUGCAAGAUUUUUUGCGAUUUGAUGCGCAUUUUCCUGAGCAUUACUAUAGUCACUGAUUUUGAGCUAAGCUAAGAUUUUUCAUCAAGGAUUAAUAAAAACAUAAAAAAGGAUGAGGCCAAAAUUCAGCCAUCUUGCUUAAGCAAGCAUGGUCAAUUAAGUAGGAAAUCUGCAGUGGCCAAUCAGAGCGUAUGAUUCACUUCACUUCAUAAAUGUGGAUUCUAUUUAUUUAAUCACUUCCACCAUAUGGUGUGGAACACAUAACGAAGUGGGGCUCCAAUUUAAUUGUGUUCUUACAGAUAACCCACCCAACCCAGGAGAGGUUGGCCACACCACCGGGGUCUACGUACCGCGUCCUCUACUCUUUUCAAACAAUGGUGUGGGUUCGUUUACAUCCCACAAGAACCAGAUAAGUGAAAGUGCUGUGAGGUGGAACCUACAGUUUUUCAACCUUAUCCAUAAAGACUAGAAAGUCUAACCGUUUGCAGGUGUCAUUGCAAAGGCAGCUUUUUCUCCUCAGUUAUUUUUCAGACCCUGAGUGUUGGUUCGGCGAGGGUUUCAACCCACGACCUCCAACUCAGCAGUCCGACGCUCUGCCAACUGAGCUAACCAGCUAACUAAUAUUGUAAACAUCUAUUCCAUAUUCAAUAGAUGCAACCACAACAACAGCAGCAACAGCAGCCAGGUGUGAUACCCAAUCUGAUGGAUACUGCACCAGGAGCUCCACAGCCAGGGUUCCCUUCCGUUACCCUAGCAACAGGAGUCCCUACUAAUACGCUUCCUAUGUUCCCUAAUGCCAGUGUAGCACCUCAACAUUCUGCCCCUCCGGUGGUGUACAAUAGUGCACAAGCAUCACAGCUGGUGAGUAAAAGAAGGCAAAACUGUCCAGUACUCAGAUUGGCAACUGUGCUGGAUUGUUUCAGUAUUAUUCCAAACAUUUAAGGAGGGCAGCAAGGCAGAAGACCAGGGGCCCUUUUCUCGAAAUUCCUGGUAGUAAAUUUUUAUGCCUGUAGAUGCAAAACCCUUUCAAUUUUUAAUAGUAGCAAAAGGAAAAAAAAUAUAUUGAUUUUGUCUUGUAAAAUCUUACGAAAUAAAUAGUAGCGAGCAAACAUUCUGCCAAAAUGGUUUUAUUUCCAUACGAUUUCAUCCACAGAUUUGAAAGUAAGGCCUCACCACAACCUAGAAUGAUAUCCUCUCUGGCCAUAACGUGGUCCAAGAGUGAAACGGUUGAAGGAAAGCUAAUGAGUUCUAAAAUGUCUGGUUUUAUCCUAAAAUUCAAACACUAAAAUCUGAUUUGCUAACUUAGUAUAAUGUCAUGACGUGAAUUCCAAUGUCAAUUGCUUUUUAAAUCUUUAAUGCAAACAUCACGCUUACUUGAUACGGAGCUAGAAAAGUUUGGGAGGUUUUGGGAAACGGGCUCCUGAUGAGAAGCAGCUUAGAGACAUCCUUCAAGGAAUUUCAGUAAUAUUUUCCUUAAUUUUAAAGCUGAUAAUGCAAAAAUAAUGAACAUCUGAUGCUUUACAAAGGUUGCCGGACCAGGUGGGCCUCCACAGUUGAGUCAGAAGAGAGCUGCUGAUGGAGAUCCUGGACAGCAAGGACCAGCCAGCUUCUAUGAUGCUAACAAACGACUGCGAUUCUAGGAGUGGUGACAGUGAAUAAUAAUUCUUCAUAUAAGCCAAUUCCAUAAUGUAUUUUCUUGUCAUGUCAUGUAUUGAGCCAUAGGUCAUGAUAAUAGCGAUAUUUUAAAGUCAUACGUAGUACUGAUAAGCCCUUACAAGUUAAUUCGUCAAGUACUUAGAUGCCUAUGUAAACAGAAACCAAGGGUCCAAGCCACAUGUUUUCUUACUGAACUAUUGCUUGGUCAUCUCUCCAUUACCCUUGAAUCUCAUAUUCUAGUACAAAUAUACCGUAAAAUUCCGAAAAUAAGCCCCUCCAAAUAUAAGCCCCCCAAACCGGUAACGCCAAAAACCCUCCGUUAAAUCGCCCCUCCAAAUAUAAGCCCCCCGGGGGCUUAUACUUGGAAAAUUGCCCGCAAAUACAAAGUAAAACAAAGCAAAAACGGUAAAUUUACUUCCAACUAUAUGGCUAGCCCAAUCGAUUUUGAAACGCAAAUUUCCCUCCGUAAAUAAGCCCCUCCAAAAAUAAGCCCCUCAAAAAGGGCCUUUGAAAAAUAUAAGCCCCGGGGCCUAUUUUCGGAAUUUCACGGUACUCCCUUUCCUAUUUCUCACAGAAUUAAUACGUUUUUGUAAGCAUUAGUGUAUAAAAACCAAGAGACUCAUCAACUUUUAGGGUGUUCACUUCGGCUAAAGUAUCUUUAUUUGUUAUAACCACAUCAUAACAAGUUUAAUACGACACUAACCACUACUGAAUCUUCAAAGUUACGAGGUCAUUAACCUCUCAAGCUCAUGGAUACUUAAUGAAGAGAAAACAAACGAAAUCAAACGGUGUGCGAAAUUUUGCUUAAAUUUCCUUUAAGAGUUAUUGAUCAUUUGACAAGUUGUGUUAAACACAAGACUCAAUGUUUCAUCUAGUAACCAUAUGUUCCAAAGUCUGUUUUAAAAAAUUGUGCUGCGACUGCGGCUGUACUACAUCAAACACGAGAGAGAAAGUUUCGUUUGUUUUCUCCUCGUGAAUUACUGAUGGUUUAAAGAAAACCAGUCGAUGAAUACUUCACAUACUGUAAGAAAGCUGGCUGCUUUUAGUUAGUUGCUUGUCUAAAUACUACAUGUAGCUGAAUUAAAUAGCAACUAGUCGGUCGUAUCAGACAGAUAAACACUUGUUUUCCAAGUCUUAUUAGAGCAGUUUUCUAGUGUUGGAAGUCGUUUUACGUGUUGUUUGUUUUUGCUCAAUUACACUUGUCCAGUCGCCUUAACAUUUUGCGCCACUCUUUCUAAGGUUUAGAGCCAGCUUCUUGAACUUGAUCCAGCUUCUAUCGGUACACUUAAUUACAUGCAAGCACUGGGUUAUUACGAGAGAUUACUCUGGAUGUACAACACUUUUACAUUUCAAAAUCGCUCUAAUACGUAGUAUUCAAUGCUAAAAUGAUAUUGCCCCUACUUAAAUGAUUCAUUUGCUCUUAGGCUAAGUACCGUUUUACUCGUGUUUUAAAUUUUAUUUUUCAUUGUACCAAACUGAUUAUCAUUCAUUACCAUACCAAGCAGCAAAGAAAAAAAGGUUUUUUGCUAAGGACAUGGAUGAACCACGACGGUAAGCACUUAAUAACGAAAAAUGUGCUUGAAAUAAGAGGAAUAACAUUAUUUGUGUACUGAGAAAAAGCUUCAUGGAGUUGUUACCGUCAAUGCCCCCCCACCGAUUAUGAGGUUAUGUUAACAUGUUACAACUUAAUGUAGAACCAUUACCAUUAGCCUGCGAAAACAUCCGUUUCUCCUCGCUCUUCGCCACAGGGGAAGUUUCGCGUGGAGAAACGUCGGCGACUCAGCGACAGAAAUUCCAUACUGAUGACGUAAAAUCUGUCCGGAAUCCGGUCAGAAGCGCUGACUGGCCGACGGAGUAGUUACAUUGUUUUAGCUAUUGUUUAAGAAUGACAGAUAUAAUACAAAAGGCCACAAAGGUCAAAUGUAAACGCGAAGAAUCUCUAACAAAACAGUCAAUAUUUGUAGAAUAUAGUGUUCUCUAGAAGAAGAAUUUGAGUUUUGCUGGAGCUCGUUGGCUCAUGAACACAACACUUUACCAAAAUCGACCAGAAGACACGUAGAAUUCAGAAAAUUGGACAAUAUUAUAUUUGGAAUCCCAUAAUUAAAAGUUUAUCAUGUAAACUUGUAAUUUGCGUCAUCAGUAUGGAAUUUCUGCCGCUGAGUCGCAGACGUUCCUCCUCGCGAAAGUCCCCACCGGCGAAGAGCGAGGAGAAACGGAUGUUUUCGCAGGCUACAUUACCAUGAUAAUUCAUGUAACAAUUAAGAGCUCUUUUCAAUCGACUAUCGAAGUCGUAGUUUUUAUCUCUUGAGAUUCAAUUACUGUCCCACGUGAUUGGCUGAAAAAUCUCGCGCCACUCCCUCAACCAAUCAGAAGUAAGGCAAAACCAACGGUGACUUUGUCCCGCAUGCGCCUUCCCGCGCUUGAUACCGGCUAUGUAUUUUUCCACUGGCACUGGGUGAAUGCACUUUCUUCCUUAGUUUUGAUUGGUCAUUGGAUUGGCGUUUGUUGUGAAUGGUUCUAGUUUUACAACACGUGAUUGAAAGCCACGUGGUUAUAUACCCACAAAAUGUUUUACAAAGAACACGACCUCUAGUUGCAGGAUGGAUAGUGUUAUUGGUGUACCAUCUUUUUCGUUGUAAUGUAAUGUGACCAUUAUAUGACAGUAAACACUUUACUUGUUUAACUAAAAAGGGAAAUUUCCAUGAGAUCAUAGUCAUAGACCAUGCAAGUGUGUAGCAGUAAUCAUGUAAUACCCAUGCCAAAUAAACAAAUCAACCUUCGUCCAGAUGCCAAUUCUCUGACAACAAGAGAAAUUAACAUGUUUACGCCCAAGUACAUGGGAAUACACGAAAAACAAGACCAGAG